UCACCACGACUCCACCACUGCAGUGUCCCAGUCACUUAGUCGGUGGUGCCGCUGCUGAGCGGAGAAAGGAGCGAUUGGGUUUUUUUUUUAAAUCAACACAGAGAAGACUGAGUUAUAUAAUUACAACAUCAACAAUUAAGGGGAUUAAACAAAUCAGGCCCUGACACUGGUUUAACUUAGGGCCGUAACAAUGUCCUGCAACAGUUCCAUGAUCGAUGUCUCCAGUGAUAGUUUCUGGGAGGUUGGUAACUACAAACGUACAGUGAAACGCGUCGACGAUGGCCACCGCCUCGCUAACGAUCUGAUGACCUGUCUUCAUGAGCGGGCACGUAUUGAGAAGUCCUACGCACAGCAGCUCACAGAAUGGGGCAAACGCUGGCGGCAACUGAUAGAGAAAGGUCCUCAGUACGGCACCUUGGAGAGGGCCUGGUCUGCGCUGUGCACAGAAGCGGAGAAGGUGAGCGAGCUCCACAUGGAGGUGAAGGCCGCACUGAUGGGCGAAGACUACGAGAAGAUCAAAAACUGGCAGAAAGACGCCUUCCAUAAACAGAUGAUCGGAGGCUUCAAGGAAACAAAAGAGGCAGAGGACGGCUUCCGCAAGGCUCAGAAACCCUGGGCCAAGAAACUCAAAGAGGUGGAGACCAUGAAGAAAUCUUAUCAUGCGGCAUGUAAAGACGAGAAGCUGGCAGCCAGCAGGGAAAGCAACAGCAAGCUGGAGAACAACAACCCUGAAACCCAGAAAAAGCUCCAGGAAAAGGUGGAGAAGUGUUCUGGGUAUUUGUCCACGUUUUAGACCAAAGAACGCUACGAGAAAUCCCUGGAAGAGCUGGACAAGCUGACGCCACAGUACAUGGAGAACAUGGAACAGGUGUUUGAGCAGUGGCAGCAGUUUGAGGACACACGCAUUCGGUUUUUCAGAGAAGUUCUGCUCGAGGUCAAGCAGCACCUGGACCUGUCAUCCAAUCACAGGUUCCAGACAAUCUAUCACACGAUGGAAGACACGAUCUCAGCCACUGAUGCUGAAGAGGACUUGAAAUGGUUCCGAUCCAGUCAUGGCCCUGGCAUGCCGAUGAACUGGCCACAGUUUGAGGACUGGUCCAUAGACCUGAACCGAACGCUCAGCAGACGGGAAAAGAAGAAGCCUUCAGACGGCGUCACGUUGACUGGCAUCAGUCAGACUGGAUCAGACCAGCCGGUGAAGGCCAGCAGUGUGCGCAGUUCAGAGAAGACUCCAGACUGCUCAGAUGAAGACCAAGGCUCUAACCCCUUCUCUGCCAACGGGGAUGGAAAUCCUUUUGAGGACGAGCCGACGUCUCCGCUCAUAUCCGUGCCUGUUAAAGCUCUGUAUGACUAUGAAGGACAGGAGCAGGAUGAACUCAGCUUCAGUGCAGGGGACGAAUUUACUAAAAUUGGCGAGGAAGACGACCAGGGCUGGUGCAAAGGCCGACUCAAGGACGGACAGACGGGCCUGUAUCCUGCUAACUACGUGGAACCCAUUCAAUAACCAAUCAUCUGAGAUGAGACCAUCACAAAGAAAGUAGAAAGUGAUGAAGAACAGUGGGGCUGGAAAAAAGAAAGUGAUCUCUGUUACACUGAACUGCUCUCUUCCCCAUCGCUGAAGACUGGACUGAAGCAGUGAAAAACAAUUGGAAGAGGUUUGGCAUUAAUAAUGGACCACUCCACGCUCACAGAAACUCAACAGAAAGAUGGUAUUAUUUAAUUUACCAUCUUUUCCUGAUGAUUCCUGACCAGACAUUGCUGUUGGCAUAAGAUGUUACUUAAGAUCCCAUUCAUGCUGUUACAAAAGUAGAUAUUCAAAUAUAUAUUAGAUAAGACUCGAGUAACUUUUUUGUGAGAAUUUAUAUUUUAUUGUAAAUCAAACACUGGGAUGACAGUCUGGCAAAUGUUAGCCCUGCGAUUUAUGCGCAAACCACUAUGGAUUUGUUAAGGGAGGUGAUCCAACGUUAAACAGGACUUAUGAACUGUUUUUGCUCAUAACAGGAAGUUCCGUAAAUGGAAUUUUAUCAGUUUAGACUUUAGUUGAUUUUAAACCCAUGACGAUCCGGUUAUCUUUUCAGGGUUUAGUUUUCCCAAUUAGUUCCUAAGCUGCUGUGGUAUUGUAAAAGGAAUGAUGCAACUCUGUAGCAACAAUUAUCCUCACUUCUUUCUCGUUUAGUUCUUGUUUAGAGGGGAAGUUUAUUUCACCUGAAAUCACUGCAAUUGAAUGUAUGUUCACUGAUUGUAUUUUUUUUCACCUGUCUUCAUUCACUGUCGUUUAGAGCCGAUUGGCUCCACUGAAGCAUCGGCGUCCUCAACUCUCCGUAUUUCUUUAACACAAUUUAUUUUUCUCUUUUUCAAACCAUAACAAUAUUUUUUAUAUUUCAACAACACUGAAAAAUGUCGGCAGAUUUAUUCUGACUUGAAUCUCCUCUGUUUCAUUUUUUUUUCUUCUGUCUCAUUUUAGGCCUUUUUUAAUUGCAAAACAGUACAAACUAUCAAUUAAAAAUGUUGUUAGUCUAUUUUACUGCCUAUAAAUAACCUUCAUUGAACACCAUAGAACAAAAUUAAGCACCAGGAUCAGAUGUAGUUGGAAGUUGAUAGUUGUUAAUUUAUGAUGCCACAAGUGCUUUUGUUCUACUCUCGUUAGAAAUGCUGUGACUGAGAAAUCACCUUGUACAUGAAUUGAAUGUUUUAUUGGGAAAAAAAAUAACCUGUAAAUCUUAUUUUGUUAUAUUUGUAAAUAUGAUUCUGUGUUUUUCCCCUCUCCACAGAAGGCCAUAAUCAUUAAAUAAAAAACAACAGAUGCUAUGUAAA